GUGAUGAUAUCUAGCAUUUAAUGUACGAUGUCCAUACUUUACAAAUGCUCCUAUCAUGUAAUACACAUGCGACUGCCCAUAAACCCGAACGACUGCUCGUAUUAUCACUUCCCCACAACAUCUCGACAUAAUUCCAAUUCUUAUAGCAUCUUGAAGCUUCACUAAAUCAAUUGCUUGAAAACACGAACAUGUCGUCUGAAAUCCCAGUCAGAUCCUACCUGUCGGGCACCACCAACAGAUAUUCAGAGUCUCCAUCCUACACUGGCACAUUUAUGUCAGAUCAGUCUCCAUAUUCAAAGAGGUCGGAUGGCGUCGCCUCCGCGGCGGCAAUGGCUGCGGGCUCAAAGCAGCCUUCUGAAAGACCCAAUGCCCCGACUCCUAUUACAGUGAAUAAAUAUCGACCCCGUCAAACCCCUCUUACGCCACCAAUCUCACCAACUCGGGCUUCCGAACAAUAUGUGAAGAAUCCAGAGCAACAAACAUGGCCCGUUGAAAAGUACUUCACUUCCCCGAGGGAACCACCCUCACCACCACGACAUGAGUUGAAUGGCCAAGAAUCAGGGUCCAGAUACCACAUAGACAGUAACAAUAUUGUAUUUCCGAAGACCCUGCGGCACCAACAAGAGACGGAGGCCCCUCUAACUGAGAGCCAAACGAAAUUUGGGCUUCUAAGGAGGUCUUUGACCGGAAAGAGGCAGACUUCUCCAUCGCCACCCCGAGAUGAAUUUAAUGUCUCCGAACCUGCGCCUACCUACCACAGUGCCAGUAAUAAUAUUGCAUUUCCAAAGACGUUACGACGCCAACAGGAACAAGAUGUGCCUCGUGCUCAAGCAUCACCUGCGCAGGACGCUGAAACACCUUCCAAACAGGGUUUUUUUAGAAGAUCUUUAACGUCGAAGAGGCAACAACCUCAGGCAGUAUCACGAGACGAACUACACGGUGAGGAGGAGGAACCCAGAUAUCACAGAGAGAGUAAGAAUAUCUUCUUCCCGAAAACAUUGCGGCAACCAUUGCAAGAGCCAGAAAAGACUACGGGGGCUUCCCAGACCAGGGGAAUGCCACCAAGUCCGCCUAGUAAUACGCAGCGUGUUGGUGGCAUGCAGCAGCGGCCGCCUCGCUCACCAGAAACUUUUCGGGCUUCCCCUUCCCUCGGCAGGCAAGUCGGGGCCCCUGCCAUCGGUAGGCAUGCUGGGUUAGCAAAUAAGACAUUGCGGCGCUCAAGGCCGCAACCACAGCCGCAACCAAGACCCCAGUCUAGCUACACGCCACUUUCGGAAAAGAGCCUCCGGCCGGAGGAAUCAAGGGGUUUGGGACAUAGGUCCAUGCAAACGGUACCUCGCCAGACCCCGCGGCCCACCAGCAUGGCUGAAACAACACCGCCAGCAUAUGAGCAAUUCCAAGGGGGAGAGAGACGUCCUCCCACAACAGUGACAACAGAUGUCCGAACUACUCAACUUCCUGCUGUGACACAUGAACAUAUCCAGCCAACAGCACACCAUAUCAACACUAAGGAAUACACUCGGGAAAUUCACAACCAUGAUGUGUACAAUCGCAUUCUACCAGUUAGGGACACUGAAGUACGUCCGACUAGGCAUUUUGCUCCUUCUCCAACAGAUUCUGGGAGGUUAGUUGAGAUCCCAGCUCCAGAUGAGAAGCGUGGUGGCGCCCAAGCUACAGCAGCCCCGAUCAGUAUGGACAUGGCAAGCAAUACAACGUGUACCAAAGAUGUCUCGGGAAGAUUUCAUGACCCGAGCGACAAUACAAUUCCAUUCCCCUCCGUUACGCAUCAAUCACAGGAAGAGGCCCUGGCUCUAUCUCGGCAGCAUAACCUUGAGAUGGAGCAGCAAGGGCGUCAACUAGUAAGCGAAAAAUCUUACACCUUGCCUGAUGGUACUAUGCGGACGGAGAGUGUAUGGCGGUAUCAACCUACGAUGAAAGCUCCAGUUCAGGAGAUAACUGAGACUAUUACGCGUCCACCGGGUGCGGCCCGAGCUACAUCACCCGCGGUAGCUGAUAGGGAUGGCCAGAGGGCUGCUCCUAGCCGUGCCCCUGGACCGUCGGACUACACCAUUGGAAGAGGCAGACAGGAGCAGUUUCAUCCGUCUGUUGUGUCCGAAUGGGACCAAGUGUCACAGCCCAGCCCGUCCCCUAGUGCAAAGGCACAAGCAGCUCGCAGCUAUGCACGUGGUAUUUCAGAUGAAAUCGGUGUACAGGACUAUCGACAAGGGAAGGAACAGCGUACCGAAACGGAGCCAAUAAGCCAGCGCCCUGCUCGGCCAUCCCCUUCUCGCGCCAGUCCAAAUCCCAGCAAUCAACGUUCAUUGCUUGCUGCUAUUACUAGCACCGUAAUGCCACAAAAGACGGUCCAUCGUGGGACGCCACAGCCACCAGGCAAAUUCGAAGAUCUAGAAAGUGGCUCGGAUUACAGCUCAGCACCAUCUGAGCAACCCACCCCUACUGCCGCCCCUGAAAAGAAACGCAGGCCCUCAGGUGAGCUACUCCCUGGUGGAAUCUGGCGCCGGCAUUCCCUUGUCAUCCCAGCGGGUAUUGUCAGAAAUGGGAACUCGCUUAUGGGCGCUGGAAUGCUAAUGGCAGAUCGCGAAAGGGAAGAGGGGUUGGCCAUGCACCGCCUCAAGAAGGCUUCGAAGGCUGAAGCAGACAGGGUCAGGGCCCUGGAGGGCGAGCCACCAAGCCUUCAGAAUAAGCAUGAGAUGGAGAAAUUGACGAGGCGUAAAACUGAGGAAAGACAACGGGAGGCAAGUCUUAAUGAGGAUAUCCAAAAACUACUCGCAGCCGAGGCGACACUGGAACAAGAGAGGGUCGGGGCAAGUAAGCUUGAUGAGGGUAUCAGCAAGCUUGAAAGACAGGCGGAUGGAAUUAUCAAGAAAGAGGACGAGCUUGAAGCCGAAAUCGAUGAAAGUAGACGUCGGCGCAUCUCCCUCCUCAGGGAGGCGGAGUCAGAGCAUCAGAAGGCUCAGGCACUCCACAGCUCUAAACAAAAGGGGCUACACGUGCCUGGUCCUCAUGUUCUGCAGGCUCAUAGACGUCGGCGCUCACGCCUCCUCCAUCAUGCUGAUGAUGAGCAGCAGAGAAUUAUCAAUCUUCAACAGAAAAAAGAGGACACUUUGGAAAAGAUGGAUCAAAGAAACGCAAAGGCCAGACAGGACCUUGAUACCACACUCGACGAAGCCGUGCUCGCGGAUAAAGAACGCCAAGAAGAGGUACAGGUGAAUAAAUUCCUAAGCGAUGAGGUCCAAAAGCAGGAGCAAAAUGAAAAUCUGGCGAGGCAAGGGAAGGCCCCGGCAGGGAAGGGGUUUACCAUGGCUCCUCCCAGCUCCGACUUGCAGGGCACCAGCCCCUACGAUACGAAGUAUCAUGCCACAGAGCCAGAGGCAGAGGAUGCGGGGUGGACUGAGGUUGUGAAACCCAGGCAUGGGCAUGCUAAAGAGGCAGCUAGGGGGAAUGGGACUCAAAAACUUCCUGCCCAGCGUCAGAAUGGUUCAACAAAUCAUAAUGGACAGGCGAAGAAAGGCAUUUCAGCAGUUCAACAGAAGCUGCCGAGUCCCCCGAAUACGCAAUUGCCUCAGCCACCAGGGAACGUGGGUACAGGAUACGGCGCGCCUGGAAGCAGUAGCAGCACGCAACCGCGUAGCUGGGCCAAUAUUGCGGCAUCCAAGCCUCUUUGAAAACGGACUGGGACGAAGAUGAAAAAGGUAAG